UACAUCUGGUAUAUAGCAUGUUAUAGAAUAUUAGAAAAAAAAUUACUCCAAGCAUGCUAUUGUUAGCGUAGUACUAUUAGCAUGCAAGCUUUUUGUUUUUUUUUUAGCUAAUUUUGCUCAUAUUUUUUGUUAAUUGACGCUAUCUGGCCACUGUUAGCAAUUCAGUUACGCUGGAGCUCUUCUGCAUUUCAACAACAUUUCUACCAAAAUUGCAUUUUCUAGUUCUUUGAAAAAAUAUAUAUAAAUAGUGUACAGGAUUUGAAGGUGAAAACUACCAAAAUGGCCGCCGCGGUCUGUGGCCCUCAGUGGGGAAAGUUUGGGCACCCCCUGGUGUGAAGUAACAGUGUGUGUGUGUGUGUGUGUGUGUGUGUGUGUGUGCGUGUGUGUGUGUGUGUGUGUGUGUGUGUGUGUGUGUGUGUGUGUGUGUGUGUGUGUACAGUACAUUGAAGUGUGUAGUGUGUGUUUUCAUUUCCCACUCCGGCUGUUGCCAUAGUGAAUACAAACAACACUACCAUCAUUUCCCACAGACAAUGCCGCCUCCAAGAACACACUGGACAAUUGUACUUUUGUUAUUUUUUGUUAGAAAGGCACAGCGUAAAUGUAUUAUAUUAAGCUAAUACUGAUAUGUUAUUAGAUUUGAUAUGUAGUCACAAAAUGGUCGUUUUUUUUAUUCCAUUUUAUCCGCCAAAGAUCACGAAGAGUUGUUACUAGGCUACUUAAGCUUCAAAAUAUCCGAUAGUCACGAAGGCAUCAGUCCCCUGUGGGCGUGGCUUGGUAAAGCCCCAGCCUGAGUCACUCUUCCCAUAAACACUCGGCUAGCCGGUUAGUUCGCGGAUGCUAGCAGACGGGCGGACCGGGAGGCGCUUCCAAGCUCGAACGACGCCGGCCGACAUGUCGCGACCGCCGCGGUGACGGACGUCUCUCCUCCGCGGCCUCUCAUGGUCCAUUUCCCGGCGCUCCGAGCCGAGGCGCGCCGCGUCACGCCGGGCCCGGCCAAGAUGUUCGACUCGUCGCGGAGCGUUCGGGACGGAGUGAGGAUGGAGGUGUCCGAGCACAGCAGCCCGGUGGUCCUGCACAGCUUCACCCAGCUGGACCCGGACCUGCCCCUGCUGGAGAGCUCGACGCAGGAGAUCGGCGAGGAGGUGGAGGACGACGCCGUCUUCACCAUCACGUUGAGGAAAGUACAGCUCCACCACUCGUCCAGCAAGGGGCAGCGGUGGCUGGGCGUGGAGACCGACGCGGCUCUGAGCCUCUACGAGACCUGCAAGGUCCGGACCAUCAAGGCGGGCACGCUGGAGCGGCUGGUGGAGUACAUGGUGACGGCGUUCCGGGGCAAAGACUCCACCUACGUCACCAUCUUCCUCUGCACCUACCGCUCCUUCGCCACCACCAAGCAGGUGCUGGACCUCCUGCUCAACAGGUAUGCAAGGCUCCAGAACAUUCCGGUGGCGGCGGCGCAUCGCGUGUCCCAGGACGAGCGCACCGAGCUGAGAAACACGGUGUCAUCCAUCUUGGGUGCGUGGCUGGACCAGUACUCUGAGGACUUCUGGAAUCCGCCCAACUACGACUGCUUGCAUCAGCUCCUGUCCUACCUGCACCUGCACUUCCCCGGCUCCGACCUGGAGCGCCGCGCCCGCAACCUGCUGGCUCACUUCCACCGGCGGCAGCAGUGCGAACCUGAUUCUGACGGGGAACACAUCGGUUGCCCCUUUGCCACGCAGGAAGAGAGCGGCUUCGAGGACGAGCUCCCCGCCUUCAGCUUCCUGUCCUUCGACCCCAUCAUGGUGGCCGAGCAGUUCACGCUCAUGGACGCGGACCUGUUCAAGAAGGUGGUCCCGUACCACUGCCUGGGUGGCAUCUGGUCCCAGAGAGACAAGAAGGGCAAGGAGCACCUGGCGCCCACCAUCAGAGCCACUGUGGCCCAGUUCAACUCGGUCACCAACUGUGUCAUCGCCACCUCCCUGAGCAACCCGGUGCUGAAGGCCAGCCAGAGAGCCCGGCUGCUGGAGAGGUGGAUCGACGUGGCCCGGGAGUGUCGGAUCCUGAAGAACUUCUCGUCCUUACGGGCCAUCCUCUCCGCCCUUCAGUGCAACGCCGUCCACCGCCUGAAGAGGACUUGGGAGGAAGUGUCGAGAGAGAGCUUCCGCACAUUCCGCGAGCUUUCCGAGAUCUUCUCAGACGACAACAACUACUCGCUGAGCCGAGAGCUGCUGGUCAAGGAGGGCACGUCCAAGUUCGCCACCCUGGAGAUCAACCCCAAGCGGGCUCAGAGGAGACACCAGCAGCAGAGAGACCUGGGCGUGAUGCAGGGCACCAUUCCCUACCUGGGCACCUUCCUGACGGACCUGGUGAUGAUGGACACGGCCAUGAAGGACUACAUGGAGGGCGGUCUGAUCAACUUUGAGAAGAGAAGGAAGGAGUUCGAGGUGAUCGCGCAGAUCAAACUGCUGCAGCUGGCCUCCAACAACUACAGCUUCACUCAGGACGGACACUUCCGCGAGUGGUUCGCCAGCGUGGAGAAGCUCAGCGAGGCCGACAGCUACCAGCUGUCGUGUGACAUCGAGCCGCUGUCCGAGUCGGCCAGCAACACCCUCCGCGCCAAGAAGAACGGAGGAAUCAUGAAGCGCUGGAGCGAUCGACAGCUGGCGGAGGGCGCUUCCGGCGCCGUGGGUUCUCAUUCAAAGUCCUUCGACCACGCCCACUUCAGGCCGUACCAGGGCGGCGGCGGCGGGGACAGCGGCGACGCCCUCAGCGUCACCUCCGUGAGCUCCAGCGGCUCGGACCUGGAGGACGUCAACGCCAGCUUCCUGUCGGACUCCCCGGAGGGACACGAGAGGAAGACGUCGACGCCGUCAGUCAAACUUUCCGUUUCUGCGUUGGGAAGAGAAGCGCCCUCUGCAGACACAACUUCCACGUUCUGGGAGUGCACCUCGCUGUCCUCGCUGGACACGUCCGGGAUGGGCUCCAGCUCAGGCUCCGCCUCCGGCUCCAGCACGGCCUCGUCCUCCUCCGUGUCCUCGUCCACGCCACUGUCGCGCUCGCACAAGCGCUCGGCGUCGGCUGUGUCCAACUACUCCACGCUGUCGCUGCCGCUGUACAACCAGCAGGUGGACGACUGCUGCAUCAUCCGCGUCAGCCUGGACGUGGAGAACGGCAACAUGUACAAGAGCAUCCUGGUGACCAGUCAGGACAAGACGCCCGCCGUCAUCAGGAAGGCGAUGAUCAAACACAACCUGGAGCGGGAGAAGACGGAGGACUACGAGCUGGUGCAGAAGAUCUCGGAGGACAAAGAGCUGCGGAUCCCCGACAACGCCAACGUCUUCUACGCCAUGAACUCCAGCGCCAACUACGACUUCGUCCUGAAGAAGCGUGGACCGGCGCGGCCCCCGCGCGCCAAGACCGUUGCCAGCUCCACGCUGCCUCGCAUGAAGCAGAAGGGACUGAAAAUCGCCAAAGGGAUCUUCUGAAGGAGGGGCGCUUCCUGUUGUGGGCGGAGCUCGACGCCAACUAACAGGAAGUGGGCGCAGUCAAGUGGCCUCGCUUUGUUUACAUCAGCCAGCCGGGGAGACAUUUUGAUGUGACGCAGCUGGAGUGUUGCGCUUUUUUUUGUACUCCCGCAGCCUUGCCAGCUCGCCCCCUGCUGGCACCCCCUGCGCCGAGUGGGCACAAACGCCACAAUUCCCGGGAGUUUGAAUAUUCCUGCACUUCAGCGUGCCGCCCCCGCAUCGUCCUGACCAUGAUGCUUCCAUCUCUUGAACGCUGCCGUGGUCGGCGAAUGUCCAGCAGGCGCAGCCGUGAGUCACAUGGCGCCGUGUCGUCUGCGGUCAGGAAGUAGGAGAGGAUGGGCGGAGCCAAGAAGAAGUGUGUAUAUAAACAUCCGCUGUCCAGUGUUUCCUCUGAAGACUUUCACUUCCUGUACAGUUUUUUGAUUUUUCUUUGGCCUCUCUGCUCAUGACGGUGCUGCUAAGUCUCUUCCUCAAGACGUCCACCUGCCGCCAUGUUGGAACUCCUCUCAUAGUGUCACCUUAAAAAGUACCACUUUAUGUCAAACAACCACGAGUACAGUGGUUCUCAUUAUUUUCUCUCACGCCCCCCCCCCCUGAAGUUAAUGUUUACUUUUUAUCAAGCUAGUUCUUUACAAACACUAAAGAUGCUAAUAUGCUAUUGCCUCUCACGCCCCCCCCUUACUUCACUCGUACAGUGAUUCUACAUUAUUUUCUGUCACGCCCCGCCAGGGAAAAAAAUGUUUUCACGCACUCCCAGAGUUAAUGUUUAUUUUUUAUCAAGAUAAAUAGUGUCAAGAUAGUUUUGUGCUAACACUAAAAAAUGCUAUUACGCUAUUGCCUCUCACGCCCCCUCUUCCCCCGACACCUCACAGCACCCACCAGGCGGGGCCUGCCCAACUAUUUAAGAAGCUCUUCAUUAAAUCAGAUUUACAUUUUCCAAGGAGACAGAUUUUUUUCACGCCCCCCCUGAAGUGAAUGUUUAUUUAUGUGUUUAGUUAUUGCCCCUCAUGCCCCCCCUCCCCCCGAAGUGAAUGUUUAUUUAUCUGUUUAGUUAUUGCCCCUCACACACCCCCUGAAGUUAAUGUUUUUGUUUCAAGAUAGUUAUUGUCAAGAUAGUUCAGUGCUAACACUAAAAAAUGAUUGCCUCUCACGCCCCCUCUGCCCCCCCCCCCCCCCCCCCCCCCCCCCCCCGACAUCUCACGGCACCCACACCUCACGGCACCCACCAGGGGGGGCCUGCCCCACUAUUUAAGAAGCUCUUCAUUAAAGGGGCUGUUUGGAACUCGCUCAGAUUUACAUUUUCCAAGGGGACAGAUGUUUUUCAUGCACCCCCUGAAGUGAAUGUUUAUUUAUCUGUUUAGUUUUUGCCCCCCACACCCCCCCUGAAGUUAAUGUUUUUGCUUCAAGAUAAUUAGUGUCAAUAUAGUUCAGUGUUAACACUAAAAAAUGCUAUUACGCUAUUGCCUCUCACGCCCCCUCUUCCCCCGACACCUCACGGCACCCACCAGGGGGGGCCUGCCCAACUAUUUAAGAAGCUCUUCAUUAAAUCAGAUUUACAUUCUCCAAGGGGACAGAUUUUUUUCACGCCCCCCCUGAAGUGAAUGUUUAUUUAUGUGUUUAGUUAUUGCCCCUCACGCCCCCCUGAAGUUAAUGUUUAUUUAUCUAUUUAGUUACUGCCCCUCACACCCCCCCUGAAGUUAAUGUUUUUGUUUCAAGAUAGUUAGUGUCAAUAUAGUUCAGUGCUAACACUAAAAAAUGCUAUUACGCUAUUGCCUCUCACGCCCCUUCUUCCCCCUGACACCUCACGGCACCCACCAGGGGGGGGGCCUGCCCCACUAUUUAAGAAGCUCUUCAUUAAAGGGGCUGUUUGGAACUCGCUCAGAUUUACAUUUUCCAAGGGGACAGAUGUUUUUCAUGCCCCCCCUGAAGUGAAUGUUUAUUUAUGUGUUUAGUUAUUGCCCCUCACGCCCCCCGUGAAGUGAAUGGUUAUUUAUCUGUUUAGUUAUUUCCCCUCACACCCCCCUGAAGUUAAUGUUUUUGUUUCAAGAUAGUUAGUGUCAAGAUAGUUCAGUGCUAACACUAAACAAUGCUAUUACGCUAUUGCCUCUCACGCCCCCUCUUCCCCCAACACCUCACGGCACCCACCAGGGGGGGCCUGCCCAACUAUUUAAGAAGCUCUUCAUUAAGAAGCACUGACAUAAUUUUCUCCAGCCUCCCUGGGGCACACACCCCACUAUUUGAGAAGCACUACACGAGGAGGACUCCAGGUCCAGGAACUGAAGCCCAAAUUAAGUUAAUUUGUAGUGUUUUUGUCCCAUGUUUUUCUGUGUCUUUGAACGCAACAUUUGGGUUCCAGGAAGUACAUUUGUACCAAAACAUCCUGGUCGACUUUUAUCGGUGCCUAAAAACCUUGAAAUGGAUUUUCCAACAUGGCGGUUGUUCCCACAGCACGGCGGU